CGUGAAUCAUGCCAUUUCGCGUUCUGAGGUGCUAUGCGGGAGAGUGCUGGAGCAAGUCAAUGUCGUGUACGAGUCGACAAGUAGACACGCCCGCUGAGGCGUGUUUGCAAUACACAAGGUUCUAGAAGAGCAAGUUGUAGUUGCCCUCAAAAGCACGACUACAAAAAAUGGAGCCGAAAGGUUCUCUCCACUGGAACCCGGACCAGAAGCGGAUCUUGGUCGUGGGCUGCGGGUUCAUGGGACAGGGCAUUGCAAACAGUCUGCUGGUGUAUGGGCACGAGGUGCACUUGUUUGACGCCCGCGGGCUGGAAUUCCUGGAUCACAUGGUGAAUACCAACAUGCGGGAGACGGUGGAAGAUUUCGUUUCCAAAACCAACAUGAACCACCUGGAGGAGGAUCUCGCCUCGCUGUUCAACAGUCCCACUAAGGACCCCAGUCGGGGGGCGCACCCCGCCGUGGACAUGCUGAUGGAAGGCGUGCACUGCCUGCCCGGGGACUACUUGCAGGCCAAAACAUUAACGACCGCGCAGCAGCAGACGGGCACGAGCAGUAAGCAGAAACCGAAGAAGUCCUCGCGAGGUGCUGGGAACAACUACAACAGCGCGACUACCGAGUCGUUCGACGUCAUUUUCGAGGCGGUUUUUGAAGACAUCGAGGUAAAGUGCCAUGUGUACAGGCAGCUGGCGGACGCGCUCCCCGCGGUGAAGGAGGGAAAAGUGCCCGUUUGUUCCAACACCAGUUCGCUUUUAUUGAAGGAUCUGCGGGCGAAGCUGGGAAAAGCAUACGAGAAACUGGACCUCACCAUCGCGCACUUCGUCGGCCCAGCGCUCUACAUGCCGGUCGUCGAGUUGUACUCGGACCGGCUGCUGGGUGGAACAACAACGGCGGCAACUACUAGGAUACACGUCGUGAAAAAGCUGCUCGAGAGGUGUGGAAAAAAGCCGAUUUUGAUGAAGAAGGAGGUGGCCGGCUUCGUGCACGCCCGGUUGCAGGCGUGCCUGCUCCGGGAGUGCAUCGCGCUGGUGCACGACGGCGUUUGCUCGGCGGGAGACGUGGACGAUACGGUCACCUACGGUUUCGGGCGCCGCUACAACCAGGUAGGCCCCUUCGCCCAGGCGGACCUGGUGGGGCUGGAGUUGAUUUCCAAAACGCACGCGCAGAUUUUUCCCUCGCUGUGCAAUGACACGACUGACAAGUACACCAAGGCGCUGGCGGACACAAGGCAUCGCGGGGCGGCGGACAGGCAGGGCUACCGGGCGUGGGCCAACGAGGCGGCGGUGCAAAUUGCCAAGGAGAGCCGGGACGAAGAGAUUCAGCGGCGGCUGAUUUGCGACCUGCCCGGUGUGGGGUCGGAGGCCACGGGCGAAAUUCCCAAUAGCGCCAACGCGCCCGGAGCAAGCUUCACCCGCGCGGCGGCCCGCUCGUCCUCGGUACCAAACAAACGUUCGCGUGUAGGGUAAGAAGGCGAGCAGCAAUACUUAAACCUUUUGCUGUUGUCCAGUGUGCAGCUCUUUUUCACACACGAAGGACCAGCGCGCUAUACAUAGAUACCUGAAUUUCGAUGUUUUUUUCUGCAUUUUUUUCACAAGCUAAAGCUUGAACACACGCAUACGCAUACUCAAGUGAUAGAAUUUUCACGUUAGCUCAGUUGCCGUGAUAGCUUCGCGGUUAAUACA